AUGCCCUUUGCGCAGCUCGUUCUCGGCAGCCCCGGCUCUGGCAAGAGCACAUAUUGUGAUGGCAUGCAUCAAUUUAUGGGCGCCAUCGGCCGGGCAUGCUCUGUCGUGAACCUCGACCCUGCAAACGACCAUACCAAUUACCCUUGCGCGCUCGACAUUCGAGAUUUGAUAAAGUUGGAGGAUAUUAUGAAAGAGGACCGGCUUGGUCCCAACGGUGGCAUUUUGUAUGCCCUCGAAGAACUAGAGCACAACUUUGAGUGGUUAGAGGAAGGCCUGAAAGAGUUGGGUGACGACUAUAUCCUAUUCGACUGCCCUGGCCAAGUCGAGCUGUACACACAUCACGCGUCACUACGGAACAUCUUUUACAAGCUGCAGAAAUCUAAAUUCAGGUUUGUCUGCGUACACUUGUCAGACUCAAUCUGCGUCACCCAACCGUCAUUAUACGUCUCCAAUGUACUCCUUUCGCUGCGCGCCAUGAUUCAAAUGGACAUGCCACAUGUCAACGUGCUGUCUAAAAUUGACAAAGUGUCCUCUUACGACGAGCUGCCCUUUAACCUCGAAUUCUAUACCGAUGUUGAUGACCUAAACUACUUGACCCCAUACCUCGAAGCCGAGUCUCCUGCUCUUCGAAGCGAAAAGUUUGCUGGGCUAAAUGAAGCCAUUGCCAACAUGAUAGAAAGCUAUGGUUUGGUGCGGUAUGAGGUUCUUGCUGUCGAGAAUAAGAAGAGCAUGAUGCAUCUGCUCCGAGUCAUUGAUAGAGCAGGAGGAUAUGUCUUUGGCGGAGCGGAAGGAGCCAAUGAUACCAUCUGGGCCGUCACCAUGAGGAGUGAAUCAUCCAUGCUAGAUGUUCAGAAUAUCCAAGAACGAUGGAUCGACGAGAAGGAGGAGUAUGACAGGAUGGAAAAGGAGGCUGAGGAAGAGCAAGCAAGGCUUGCGCAGGAGCAGGCCAUGGAGCUUGAUGAUGCACCGCCGGCAGCCCCAGCCCCUGCCGAUGCUUCGACGCAGAUGGAUCCCGACUUUGGUGACAUGUCGAUGCCUUCAGAUAGCGGCAUCAAAGUGGUUAGAAAAAAAUGA